AUGACCUCCUCUACGCCUCUCGUGGACUCGCUAGAGGUGAAGUUGGAGCGCAUCAUGGAUGAUGAAAUGAAUGCCGAGGAUCCAUCUGCACCAGGUGAACCGGAUGAUCCAGCAUCUUCACAGCCCCCGCCGAAUAAACGCCUUCGAGGACCUGAUCUGUAUUGGACUCAGUUCCGAGCCUACUCUACCAUCCACGAAGAGGGAGUUGCCGCGGGUCCAGACCCACAUCCUCCAAUUCAUGUCCCUCCACCGGACAAACUCAAAGACCAUGUCACUGAGCUUGUGAAUUGGCGGGAGACAGACCUUCAUCAAGGGCUACAUGAAACCACACGGAUUCUUGUCUCUAUGGCCAGGUAUCUUUCAGAUGCGACGAUGUCCAACUAUAUCAUGUCGAGCAAACACAAGUUGGGCGUGAUCAUGCUCAUGGAGAGCAAGUUGUGGCGUGCACAUCAUAAGCAAGUAUUCCAUUAUGAAAAUGGUGCUUGGAUCAUGGCAUCGGAACUUAAGGUGGAUGCUUGGGACGGGCUACUAGCUCUCGAGGGCCUCUUCAUUCAGCUCGCCACGAAUCUUGAGGAGGCGUCCGUGGUCAUUGGGUGCUCAUGGACCGAGGCUGAGUCCCAUGUCAUGAACAUCGUGAAUGCCUUGAUCGGCGAGAGCAAGGAUGUCGGUCUGUCACUGAUGGCCGUUUCGAAGGCUCACCUGCGCCAGAAGACAUCUAACAAGGUCUGGCUCGCAAAAUGGACUCGUCGGAUGGCAGACAUGGUGGCUAUAUUUCGGAAGCAACUAGACUCCAAUGCGAUCAUCGUGACCCUGACGAAGUUGUUCCUGAUUGAGUGGGACAUGCCGUUGCCAUGGGACAUGCCGAUGCCACGUACUCAGGGAGUUUGCUUUCAGGAUGUAUAUCUCGAUGGUUCUUGGUGUGUAGCGGACAAGUCUUCCGACAACAACUGCUAUCUGAAGCUAGAUUACCCGUACCAGUUUGAGAACUCCAUGGAUCUCUACCCAGAUGUGAACCUGCAGAAGUUCAGAGAGAAGCUCCGUCUCUUCUUGAUGUCUACAUAUUUCGAGAAUUGGCAUGGCUUUCAGAUCAAGUUGUGCUUUCUUCAUGCGGCCUUCCGUAGAGCCUGUACAUCGAAAAUGCUGUUUCUACUGGGUAGUGGAGGCGAUGGCAAAGGUAUGGAGGCUGUUCUAGAUCGCGCUCUUUUCGGUGAUUCAGGAAGCUCUACUCUCGACUGUGGAGUGUUUCUGGAUCGUACAGAGUUCCGAAAGUCAGGGGAGCUAGCGUGGAACAAAUCGACCGUGAGGAUCCAGGAAAUGGAUCACCACGCUAGGUUCAUCGCUGACCUCUGGAAGAGGUUCGUCGUAGACGAGGAGGAACUCAACUACGAGAAUAUUCCUGUGAUCGAGGAAUGUGGCGACAGACGCAAAUGCUGUGAGCAGCUCAAGCGACGUGUGGUUUGCGUCCGGCUAGGCAAAGGUGUCUUCACAGCAGACGACGCUCAAGUGGACCCGGCAAAGGGUGUUUUCAAGCUCAUUGCACAGGACGAGCUGUCCUCCUUCUUGUCACACCCCGUGACUGCUGCAAUCUAUUUUCGGGAGUGGUGUCUUCCUUUCUUCCAGGAGAAUACACUUCAGGAUUCCUUGGCCAUGAUCAACAACCUCGCUUCUGUGAGCGAGCUACUGGAGAUCGAUACAACGUGGUUGGCUACGUGCUUAUCUGGCAACAAAACGCUUCCUCCGGGUGCCACGGAUCAGAAACUGCAGGAAUCCAAUGAAAUCGUGGCUACCGUCCAUGCAGCUACACCCAUGAGGCGCAUUGUCAAGGAGUAUCUCGUUUCGAAAGUUGAAGCCUUGCCAGGUUGUGCAUCAUCGUCCAAGGGAAAGCGAACCAAGAUGGCUAACUUUAUUGAUGCGUUAGACCACUCAGAUGUCAAGCUGUUCCAGCAAAUCGAUUCCACAGGCUUUGCGAAACUCUUGCUUGAUUGGACAUCCCUAUACACGUUCAUGCAGGAGGAGGGAGGCGAUAAAGUCUUCGGCACAUGGGCAGACUGGGCCUGUCCAUCUGAUCUUCUGCACAUUCAAGAGAAGUGGGAAGACAAGGCCUUCAGCUCGGAUCGUGUAUACAUGGAAGCCCACAAGUCUAGUGGUGCUGGAGUUAUUGCAACCGUGAGUGCGACGGUAACUUCCCUGGAGGAAACUGUCGACCUUCCUGCUCUGAAGCAGUACAUCCAGCUCAACGUAGACAGAAGGCAAGACAUGCUUCGACAGUACAUUGAGCGCCAUGAAAGUCAUGGUUAUCAAGAAGGUUCCCAGUCCAAGAUCAACGUGGAGUACUACCAGCCAAAGCAUUACGGUCGAUACAUGGCUCGGGGCCCAUCCGGGCAGAAACUGACCAAGGAAGCACGGAAUGUGGCCUUUGGCAGUAUGUGUGCCGAGGUUGACGCUGCAUGUUGCCAUCCACGUCUCUUGGCAAAGCAUUUGAAGGAUCUUGGUCUGUGGGACUCUACGAAAUACGUUAUGCUUGAACGUUUCAAUGAGAACUUUAAAGCAUGGCGUCGGUGUGUGACGAAGUAUAUGGACAAGACGGCGGCCGAUGCGAAGACGGAGCUGAUCCGUAUCUUCUAUGGAGGUCGACCUAGUAUACAAGCUCCAUUCCUACUCAAGCUAUGCGAUGAAGUCCAGAAGGCGGCUGAGUCAUUGCUAGGUCACCCAAGCGCAACAAUGUGGUCGAGAUUGUAUGCAGAUAGACGCAAUCCAGAGUUCUCAAGGCUCUCUGCUAUGCUCUCGUUCACCGAGGCGGACAUGCUGUCUGCUUUCACGGAGGGAUGUGCAACGUUGACGAAUGUCCUUAUGUUCGACGGUGCCUACGUGAUGACCCCGUCCUUUGCUGCGGAGAUGAACAUGGUCAUUGCCUUGGACAAAGUUUCUGCGGAGAUCACUCCAAUGGAGAUUAAAUCCUGGGCAACAGCUCUGCAGCCAGCCUCGCUCCCACAUGCUGCCCUACGACGCGGUGCCAUCGUGGAGUCUGUCGCCGCUGUGCCUGUCACAGAGAACUGCCUCCUCUAUGCGUUCUCCAUCGUCGCACCUGAUGUCAACAUGGAAGCACUGCGUGUAUACUGCUCGUCUACUGCCCCCAUGAGCGCAUCAAUUCUGAACCAUGCUCUUAAACAAGUCGCGGAGUCCAACUCGAAUAAGAGCCUACAGCUGAUCCACGCCGACAGCGAGCACAUGACUGCGAAGUCUGACGAUGUUUGGAUCUGUCAUCAACCAGUUGAUCUCGGACAUGGACAUUGGUGGGCAGCUCUUUUCCCACAAAGUGGAGGUGUUGCCAUGGUUGACGGUUGGGCCGAAGGUCGACAUCUGUGGCUUCCUUUCGUUGACUUUCAAGCGCUGAUGGAGGAGACGGACAACAUCACCUGCUUCCGUCUCCUCGAGCAAGACUCAUCCAAUUCAACACCAACAGGUCCCGAAUACACGCUGUGUGGAAAUGGUCCUCGUCCUAACGCCAUGGACAAGAAGAAGUUUGCAACUUUCCGGAAGUCCUGUGUAGAGUGUGGAGCUCCACUGGCUCCUGACAAGCACAUUGAUGCCCGCCUCUACACGCUGUCCGGUGUGGAGUCUGUUCAUCACGUUCAAAUGCGAUGCACUAGGAAGUCUUGUCGGGUGUACCAUCACUACAACUACCGAUGGUUGGAUGGUCGAAAGUUGAAUACGUGCCACGCGGAGGACAUUGACUGUGUCUUCAUGAGUUGCAAGACAGGGUUCAGCAAGGACUUCUUGGACUACCACGCUGCUCUUCAAUUCAGGGGGUGCAUCAGCAACAACGCCAUAGCUUGGGCUCAGGAAGAGACGUUAUGGAAAGGUGACAACGAUCACUACCGAUGGUCCAGGGAGUACGCCGCAGCAGCUCUCUACUACAGCGAUUAUCCAGGCGGCCGAGGACAUGUGGUCUAA